ACGGAGUCAAAGGCUAAUGAAAACUUCCUGUUCCGCUGGCUGAAGGUUCGCUGGGAAGUCGUGGUUGCUUUAUAAUAUAAAUUUGUAUGGAAGUUUUGGGGCAUUUUGUUUAGGACAUACACAAUGAUUGAAGUGGUGUGCAAUGACCGUUUGGGAAAGAAGGUCCGAGUAAAAUGCAACCCUGAUGAUACAAUUGGUGACCUGAAGAAACUAAUUUCAGCACAGACUGGAACCAGAUGGGAUAAAAUUGUGCUAAAGAAAUGGUACACCAUUUUCAAGGAUCAUGUGUCGUUAGCUGACUAUGAAAUUCACGAUGGGAUGAAUCUGGAGUUGUAUUACCAGUAGUGGUCCGCUAAUGGCAGAAUAUUCCAUCGUGCACUGUGCUUGUAGCUCUCCUGUGCUGAAACAGUGAGGGGCAUUACUAAUAAAAUUUGUAAUUAUGUUUUGUGUCUAUAAAAUCAGGUUUUUAUACUUUGUGACUUCAUCUUUCUCAGUCUUUUUGUUGUAAUGUUAUUUUAAAUUAAUGCUGGCAAUACGUAGUUUUUUCCAUCUGGGUGAUGGAACAUGACACUUCAACAAAUAGGAACAAACCUGUUUAAGUUGAUAUUUUUGUUAUCAGAAUAAAACUGAAUUUGUUGUUCUUUUAAAAAAAGUACACCCUUUUUGUAAGGUUUCUGAAAAACCCUGCAUUACAUCUUGGGGUCUAGUAAGGGGAGUGUGUGAAAUAUUAAAAAUGUCAAAAUAAAA